GUGUAUUCUAACCUGCAUGUUUAACUUGAACUCAAAUAAUAUAUUUUUUUAUAAUGUAUGCUUGGCUUGAACUGUGGACUUUUUGAUAAAGAUCUUAAUUAGAGCGAAUUAUAUUUUCAAGUGUAAACCACACUCAAUCAAUUAGCUUUAUAGUUCUAUGUAACUAAGCUCAAAAUUAAAAAAAAAAUGACUUCCAAAAUAUUUAAAUCUGUGAUAUUAGGUGCCCCAGGUUCUGGAAAAGGCACAAUUUCCAGUCGAAUUUUAAAUGCAUUUAAUUUAGGAUACUUGUCAAGUGGGGAUCAACUAAGACAACAUAUUCAAAAGAAAUCUGCUAUUGGUUUAGAAGCUGAAAAAUUUAUUAAUGAUGGAAAACUGGUUGCUGAUGAUGUUAUGAUUAAAUUUAUAUUGUCUGAACUUAAUAAUUUAUCAAGUAACAUCUGGUUACUUGAUGGUUUUCCAAGGACAUUAUCUCAAGCUAAAGCAUUCUGGGAAGUCGAAAAAUUAGACUUAGCUAUAAAUUUAGUUGUACCAACUGAAGUUAUAGUCAGUAGAGUGACAGGAAGAUGGGUACAUCUGCCAAGUGGUCGAGUUUAUAAUGAUACGUUUAAUAAACCUAAAGUUCCUGGUAAAGAUGAUAUCACUGGCGAGCCCUUAACAAAAAGAGGCGACGACACACCGGAAAUAGUUAAGAAAAGAUUAGAAUUAUACGAUGAAUUAACUAGACCUGUAAUAGAAUUUUAUAAAGAGAAGCAGAUUUUAAGAGACUUUGCCGGAAAAACUUCUGAUGAAAUUUCUCCAAAAGUGAUUAGCUGCUUAAGAGAAUUUUUAUAAACAGCACAAGAAAAACGGAAAAUUUAAAAUAGUUUAUAAACUAGUAACACUGAAGCCAACAUAUUUCUUGUACUUUUAUAAUUUUUUAUAUAUUAAAUGUUUUUUAUAUAUAUUCAGUUCUAUAUCUUUUAUAGUAGUAAAAAUGUUCACAAUCUA